UUUUUUUUUUUUUUUUUUUUUUUUUCUUCACAAGUUCCUUUUGCGGUCUGCUUAGCUCUCGGCCUAACUUCGCCCCACACUCUCUCGCUUCCUGGUUUUCCGUCAAACGUGACGUCGAACCAAACUUUCUUUUGUGACGACGCCGCUCGCCCUAGAGGUCCAAAAGAAAAAAAGAAAGAAGGAAAAGAAAAGGAGGGAUCCCACCUUGCUUCACAUCACCACCUCUCACCAGGAACAAGGUCCGAUCAUCGCCUUUGUGCGCCCACCCCUCCUUUUUAGGCUCGACCCAAACUUUGUUCAUCUUGCAACCCACCUCGACCCAACCGACCGACCCCUCUCUUAUACGAAGCUGUCCUCGUCUGUCAUCAAAUAUCUUUCAAAUUGCUCCCCCAAAUUCCUUCUAUUUCUGACCCUCCUUUCGGAACCUUAUCUAAGGACAAGCCAACCUGUCCAUUUCCUAUCCAAUCGCCAUAAUAUCGAAGCCGGCACAGCACCCCCUUUUUUCCAGUUCCGUUGAAAUAUCACCUAACGGGAAAGGCUUUUCCUCCCCAGCUAGUUACGACAACCAAAUAUCACCAAAAAAGGGCAAUUGCGUUCUCAACCGAAAUUCAAACCAAACCACAUUCAAGAUUCGAGAGGAAGGACAAUGCCAUCCCAAAAUCCCCGUAGUCACGGGCACUCGGCCUCAACCGGCUCCGCCAAAACCGGCGGCGCCUCCAUUUCCUCCCCCACACAAGGAGGCACCCGACAAUCCCAACAGCCCCCCGUCCCCAUCUCCAUCACCAUCUGCGGCGACGGCGGCUGCGGUAAAUCCUCCAUCACGCUCCGUCUCGUGCGUUCGCAAUGGACAGAAGACUACGACCCAACCAUCGAAGACAGCUACAGCAUCACGCGCCGCAUCGACGGCGUCACCUACCACUUGUCUCUGACCGACACGGCCGGCCAGGAAGAGUACCGCGGCAUGUGGGCCUCAUCCAACCUGGGAGCCGACGCCUUCUUGAUGGUGUACGACAUCACGAGCCGCGACAGCCUCGACGCGCUGCAGUAUUUCAACGAUCUGAUCGACAUGGAGGCCGAGACGCGGGCGGAUAACGCAGCGCGGGCUCGCCGGGCCGGGUUAUCGCCGGCGCAGAUUUCAGGGAGCAUGUCGAAUCGGUAUGCGACUGGGUCCAACAUGGGUGGUGGAGCAGGGUCGGGGGCCAAGGCUGUCCCUCCGGUGAAGAUUGUGGCGGGCAAUAAGUGCGAUUUGUCGGAGAAUCGGGUAAUCCCCGCGGCUACGGGCUUGGAGUGGGCGAGGGCGAGGGGGUGCGGCUUCAUGGAGACGAGCGCAAGGCUGGAGGUCAACAUUGAGGAGACGUUUGCGCUGAUUGUGAGGAGGGUGGUGGAGCAGAGGAGGUUGGCCGAGUUGGGCAUCACGGGCGUGGAUCAGGAGGCGGCCGAGGAGUUGUUGGGGAGCAGUCGGGGAAGGACGAAGCCGUUGAGUCCGUUGCCGAGCAAGGAUGGGAAGGAGAGGGGUAUGGAUGAGAAGGAUGGGAAUGGUGGAUGGAGGAGAAAGAGGGGCAGGGCAACCAAGUUGUUGAAGUCGUUGAGGUGCUGGUAAGACCAGAAGGACCGGAAGGAAAUGAGUUGUUAGCACGAGUGGGAGGGCUCAGGUUGGCUUGGCUUCGUUCACGCUGUUAAUGCUUCUUUUCUUUCUCUGUUGCUGCUGCUGCUGCUGCUAGGCGAAAGUUGAUGGAUAUCGGGUUGUAUACCUUGGGGCUGGACCUUGGCUCACCCGCCUUGAUUCAUGGGAAUCGGACUUUUUGCUACUACUGGAAAGGAGGACUGGGAUCGGAGUCGUGGAGCAGGAGUUUAUUGGUCGGUCGGCAAUGUCUUCUUUCUGUUCCUUUCUUUUUUCCGCUGCAGGCGACUCAAAAAGGGAGAGAUACCAAACGAUGGGACUUACGUACCAGUUUAUCAACCUUACUACUACUAUGUUAUGUCUUCUUGCAUUCCCUCGAUAUCUUGUCGCUUUUCCCAGGCCUGUACUUGUGUUGCUUGACCUUGUCAUGCACUGUUGAAGCUCUCUUGUCCACGACGCGACAUCGCAGCCGUCAAGCUGAGCAGAAGGAUGACCGUUGAUGAUUUGGGGUCCGGCAGGACAUUGUUACAUUUUCAAUGCCAUAUCCUCUCCACCGCCCCAGAGGUCACUUCUGCGCGACUUGCAAAAGCAAAGGUUUAUUUGUUCCUGCUUCACGGGAUUUUCGGACAUAAAAGAUGACAAG